AUUCUUCCACAUUCUUCACAUCUAUAUAUCAUGGGUCGCGUUAGAACUAAGACUGUCAAGAAAGCUUCUCGUGUAUUGAUCGAAAAGUACUAUCCUCGUUUGACUUUGGAUUUCCAAACCAAUAAGAAGAUCUGUGAUGAAGUUGCUAUUAUCACCACCAAGCGUCUUCGUAACAAGAUUGCUGGUUUCACCACUCAUUUGAUGCGUCGUAUUUCUCGUGGUCCUGUCCGUGGUAUUUCUUUCAAGUUACAAGAAGAAGAACGUGAACGUCGUGAUAACUAUGUUCCUGAAUUCUCUGCUUUGGAUACUUCUGCUAUUGAAAUCGAUCCCGAAACUCAGGAAUUACUCAAAUCUAUCAACUUUGAAAAUCUUCCUGGUGUUCAAGUCACUGCUCCUGUCUCUGGUUUUGCUGGCAAGACUACUAGUCGUCGUGCUCCUCGCAAGCCUGUCACCUCUGCUUAGGUUUGGUAGUUUGUAUAGUGUGAUGAUUCUUUGUUUAUGAAAUAAAGCUAUUCUUGUUGUUUAUUUUUUUGUAUAUAC